UACACUUUGUUCAGUUUGAUUCGAACACUUGAACUGUGCGGAAUUCAGGAUCCGAGCUUCGAAAGGCAUAAAUAGUAAGGAUCAGUUGUGUUGCAAGAUUUUGUACACUCAUAAGUGAUAUAUUUAAGAAUGCAUUUUCUGAAUUCACAUACAUUGGGAAUGAUUGUUCCCUUUUUGAUUUUUCACCAAAUCCGAGCUGAUCCCAUAAUUGCGACCAAUUCAACGUCAACAGACGUAGUAAAUAACUCAUCGAUUUCUUCAAGUGAUUGCACCAAUGCCUUAAAGCUGGAACACCUCAAUCAUGCUUUAAAUCGUAUUGAUGGUGCCGUUCAGAGUUUAGAGGAAAAGGCGCACAAUUGGGCGAUCUUCCGUCACCACAUUGACGCCUGGAACGAACAAAUUAAGGCUGUAGAACACAAAUUAGAUUUGGUUAGACGUACGCAAGAUGAGCAGCAAGCAUUUGGAAAUAAGUUUAUCAGUCUAGAGUUUACACUUAAUCACAUACUAAGCAAAGUGGUGUAUCUGAGUGAUACUUGCAAUGCGCACCAAAUCGGCGCCACCACCAUACGAUCGCCAACACCAUAUAAUACACAUGCUCGUAUGAACACCAAUGGCAAUGACAAUGAGCAUGACACUAUACAACAACAAAAUCAAGAAACCAAAGAGUUGCUUUACGAGCACAUUGCGUUGUUGGGGGACGUAAAACAUGCGAUUGACGUUGACAGGCAGCUGCGUGGUGAGCUAUCGUCACGCCUCAAUAACAUAUUGCGGCAUGUGCAAAACAUUGAACGCGAUAAUUGUCGUGGCGAACGCCGGCAGCCGACAACAAAUGGUAACACCAAUGGGGGUAACACCAACAGUAAAGUAGCAAAACUAAUGGCACCAAUUGGCGGUUGCAAUUCAAGCCAAAAUAUUGAACGCUCUUUGAAAUCAUUAGAUCAACAGAUAUCAAGGCUCACUACACGAACGUCUGCACCCAAAGAUUUGAAGCAAUUACAAACUUUAACGAGGAAAAAUUCACAGCAAUUGGAGAAAAUCAUUAAUUGGAUGAGUAAAGUUGAUGAGCAGUUGCUGCAAUGGCGAGAUGAUAGUGCCAUUGGCUGGCAUCAAUGUCAGACCAUGUCUGGUGAAUUGACUACUUUUACUGAAAGCUCAGAUUUAUUACUUAAACGUAUUGAGUUCUUGCUGCACGAAGUAAAUGAAAGUAAAAUGGACAAAACAAAAUCAACCAAGAAGGCUGAUGAUGAUGCCAACGAAGACGAUGAAGACGCAGUUGAAUCAGAAGAUACUGAUGAGGUAGAUAGAAAACGUAUUGCCGAUGAAGAAGAGAGCGACAAAGAGUCGGAAGGUGAAGUCGAAGAAGAUAUGUCAACUACCAACGUUGUCGUUGAAGACAUCGAUGGACCUACAGAUGUAGGCGUGGAGGUACAAACCGAAAAGAUCGAUGAUGGUUUCGAAGUGGUUGACUUCUCCCAGCCCGAGAAGACCGCCUGUCAUGAGUUGCAUGGCCCGUCCAUUGAUGGAGUAUACAAAUUCUCCACACCCGAAUUAAAUGAGGCGGGACGUGAUUCCAACCAACGCUACUGCGCCUUCGCCACCGAUGAUGGCCCGGCAUGGACGGUUAUACAGAAUCGAGGUCCAUUUAACGAACACGAGAAUUUCAAUCGUUCUUGGUUGGAUUAUAAGCAUGGUUUUGGUGAGCUGAACAAGGAGUUUUGGUAUGGAAAUGAAUUCAUACAUCAAGUGGUCGAUCGGGAUGAUUACAAGCUACGUAUAGAAUUAACUGAUUUUGAUAACGAGCACGUGUGGGCCGAGUAUUCACUAUUCCGCAUGGACAGCGAAAGUUACAACUAUAAUCUGUUGAUUGGUGGCUACAGCGGUACCGCACCCGACGCCAUGCAUUAUCACAAUGAAAUGGACUUCAGUACCUACGAUCGACGCAAUGAUAAAAGCGUGGAUGCGUGCUGUGCCUGCGCCUCCGGUUACGGCAGCGGUUGGUGGUUCGAUAACUGCUCGGAGGCAAAUUUAAAUGGUAUUUACCGUGAAACUCCAAAGGGACACAAUUAUGUGGGCAUCAUUUGGGAGCAAUGGCGUGGUGACUAUUCCUUAUUUAAGACGCGCAUGUUAAUUAGACCAAAGAAGUUAUCGAAAGAGGAAGCUAAUCAUGAUGGGAAUAAAGAUUAUAGCGAGGACCCAUGAGGAGACUUAGUACAUACAUACAUAUGUAACGUAAAAUAUACAGUAAAGGAAAAAAGUCUACAUACACCCCUUCGA